UGUUGUAGAAGACGGAAGCAGAUCGGUCGCGGUUUGUAAGUGAUUCAAUUACAGCAAAUUGUGUGUUACAAAAUAAAUUAAACAUAUGUUUUAACCCAUAUUUAGGCGAGAUAGUAACCUUGUGCAACAAGCGUUAUACAGUGUCACAGAUCAGUCACAUAAGAUAGUUUCUGGAUACUUUUCGGACAGUGAAGAGCGCAUGCCUCCAUGGCCACAAGGUGUUUCUGUCCAGGUGGAGCUUCUGAAAAUUAGCCAUCUUCACUGUUGCAAUCAGAACUGAGGCAGCAUGUCAGACUUCACCAUCGAUAUCCAGCUGACAGAACUAGGGUUCCCUGACAUCUUGCAGCCCAGAGAAAUGACCUGUGUGAAGGAGACACCAUCGCCUUCGGCCUCUAACAAUAUCUCCCCUGGAUCCCUGGCCAACCUCCAAAUCCCCAGUUCCUCGCCGCCUCCUCCUGCUGCACUCACCCCCACAGCUGUGGACCCAGGACUGGUCGGUGUAGAUCAGCUGGUUUCUGUAGCCUCACAGACUGCUUCUACAGUUCAGCAGGUUGCCUCACAGACUGGCCCUCACAUUACAGUAACCCCAAGUCCCUCUGGGCCCCCUGAGACACUGACAAUACUCUGCCCACCCCCUCCUUCUACACACAAACCGCUGGUAGUGGCACACACUUCACGGCAUGUUAGUCCCAUAUUGCUACCCAAGAGUUUAGUAAGUGGUCAAAGCAAUAGCCUUCACCAAAACCCCAAAAUAACUAAAACUGUCUUGAUAUCUGUGUCUCGUGUUGGAGCUGGUACUGUGUUGACUACUGUACCAGCUCCUUCCACUCCCCCUGUUGAACACUUAAGAACCAUUAAGAAUGAUUCCAAGCUGCUGGCAGACCAGACUGCAAUGUUUCAGACCACUCCAAAACCUGUAAACACAGGGAAGCCAGGAAGGGCUGUCGCUGAGGAAGAAGAACCAGGAGAAAUUAUUGGAGAGGGAAUAGGAGGGAAAGGUGUUUUCGAUGAUGGGAAAGUGCAAGGACUGAAAGAGAAAGAAGCAGAAGUUGCAAAGAGUUUAGAGGAGGAUUCUGAGGAAACCGAUGACAGUGAGGUUUCUGAGAAUGAGGAUGAUGAUGAAGAGGAGGAGGAGGAGGAGGAACUGGACCCAGAAGCAGAGCCUGGAGGUUCAGGCGAACACCGCUGUAGCGUCUGUGACCUCGUCCUUUCCUCCAGCUUCCAGCUCCAGGAGCACAUGAACCUGCACACAGGGGCACGCCCCUACUGCUGUGCCGAGUGUGGCAAGCGCUUCUGUCAGCUGGCCAACUACCGCUCCCACCUGCGGACGCACGCCCAGCCCCAGACGUCAGUCCCACCCGUACAGCUCCGCUGUCGUGUUUGCCUGAAGGGCUUCGAUUCUGAGCAGGGUUUGAAGGACCACCUAGCCAAGUCCCACUUUGAGAAGGAGUUCUAUGAGUGUGACGCAUGCAAGCGCAUCUUCACCUGCCUGACCAAGUGUGAGGAGCACCUGGAGGAGCACAAGCGCGAGCUGGCGGACCACGUGUGUCUGCAGUGCUGCCGCCGCUUCCGCCUGCGCCGCUCUCUCCGGCGCCACAAGGAGCGGGGCUGUGUCCGCAGCUAUCGCUGCACCGACUGCCCCAUGAACUUCAGCCGCAAGAAUGCCCUCCUCAAGCACAGCUUCUCCCACCUGGGCCUGCUGCCUUACACCUGCAUCCAGUGCCGCGCACAUUUCCGCCUGGCCAGGCUCUAUCGUAAGCACGAGUGUGAGCCGGAGCGACUCCACUGCGUGGCAUGCCUGGGCGUCUUCCAGAGCCACAACGACUUCCAGAGGCACAAGAGGGAGACGGGCUGCUGGGGCCAGCAGGGGACCAAGGGGGAUGAGAUCCGCUGUAUGGAGUGUGGCCAGGCCUUCUCCACGGCUGACGAGCUGAAGAAUCACGCCGGGGCCCACCAGAGGGUGAUGACCUGCUCCGAGUGCGGCAAGGGCUUCCGCUCGGCCUUGAUGCUGAUGUCACACAUGGGGGGCCACGCAGGGUCGAGGCCCUGUCUGUGUAAGAACUGUGGCCUGGGCUUCCCUCACCAGCAGGGUUACGAGAGCCACCUCAAGGACUGUGGACGCAAACCCCCUCCUGUGAUGGCUCCAAAGAAACCACGGAAGGACGCCCCUGCUGCUCCUUCCAAACCGCUAGCCCAGCUCGCUCCAAGUUAUCUCCCUGUCUCUGCUCCUGUGAAGAAACCAGAGAGACAAGCGUCAGCACCACUUCAUACUCUGGUGAGAAUGCCAGGCUCUGCCCCUGCCAGAGUCACUAUGGGAGUCCCUGCUUCUACCCCAGUGAGAAUACCAGGCUCUGCCCCUGCCAGAGUCACUAUGGGAGUCCCUGCUUCUACCCCAGUGAGAAUGCCAGGCUCUGCCCCUGCCAGAGUCACUAUGGGAGUCCCUGCUUCUACCCCAGUGAGAAUGCCAGGCUCUGCCCCUGCCGGAGUCACAAUGGGAAUCCCUAACACCACUGCUGUCCGUGUGGUGAGCCCUGACCAACCCACCAAGGGGCUGUGGAAGCUCAGCCUGGACAAACAGCCUCCUCCUGGGGUGUCCUUGGUCAUGUUUGUCCCUGCCAACACCCCUCUGGCCUCUGGCCUCUCUGGCCCAUCCUCCACCCCCCAGCUCCCAGCCCUCUCAGGCACACAGCCCCAGUGGAAGGUAUUCAACCCAGCACCAAAUCCAGGAGCCCCUCCUCCGGUGCUGUGCCAGUCCAGGUUCACCUCUGAACCAGGCCUGAGCCUGCGCUACUCCUCUGAUGCCCCGCUGGAUCUGGCCUUAAAGACCGCUGACUACGAACAGGAGCCUGCUAAUAUACUACCUCUUGAUCUGUCUAACAAGUCGACUUGCUCCACUCCUCCUGCUAACCUUGUAGUCAAGACUGAACCGAGAGACCCUGGGUUUGCAGAGGAGACUGAGGAAGAAGUAUUCACAAGUUUAACAGGUGAUAAAAAGGGGAUAGUCUUUCAGAGUAAGAGGGAGCCAGGGGAGGAUUCUAAAAUGGAGGCUAUGGCUCAGAAUGGGGGAAAUGGAGAAGGGAGUGGAGAUGAAGACAGGCAAAAUGACAGCAGAGAUGAUGGAACAGCUCAGUCUCAAAUGAAGAAGGCAGCAAAGCCGGGAGUCCCGUCAACACUGCGGCUCCUGACCGUCAAACAGACAGAACCUUUGAAGAACACUACCAAAAUGGAUCUAGUGAAUCAGCUGAAAAUCGAGUCAGUCAGCUCUUUGCACUCCAAAAUGCUUCGGGGCUUAGUCCAUAUAAAGCAGGAACCACUGUCUCUAGAGGCCGACAGUGGAACACAGAGCUCAGACUUCUGUUGGUCCAGCCCGCUGAUAGCAUUGAAGAGGAAGAUGGAGCCAGACGUGGGGCUAGACUUGAGAUGGGAUGGGGGCACCCCAGGCUGUGUGCUCGACUUGAGGUUGAAUGGAGGGAACCCAGCCAAUCAUGAUGCAGCGGAGAAAGCAGAGGAGAGGAACAUGGAAGGAGACCGUGUAGAGGAGGAGCUUGAGGGUGGCGAGAAGGAUGGAGCAACAGAGGAGAGGAAAGCGGAUAAGGAUGGAUCGGAGGAGAGGAAAGAGCAGAAGGAUGGAUCGGAGCAGAAGGAUGGAUCGGAGCAGAAGGAUGGAUCGGAGCAGAGGAAAGUGGAUAAGGAUGGAUCGGAGGAGAGGAAAGAGCAGAAGGAUGGAUCGGAGCAGAAGGAUGGAUCGAAGCAGAGGAAAGUGGAUAAGGAUGGAUCGGAGGAGAAGGAUGGAAUGGAGGAGAGGAAAGGGGAGGAGGAUGGAAUGGAGGAGACUGACGCCCCUGUUGAUGAACCCACAGCCCAUAACCCAGAGAUACAGUUCCCCUCCUCUCGAAUCCCCUCUCCUCCCUCCUCACCACCAUGUAAAAGACGAAGGUCACUAAGGACAAGGGAAAAGCCUAGAGCCCUACGUGACUGUUUAUUAUAAGGGCAGUACUUUAGACAGAGUGAAAAAGGGGAUUGCUGACAACAAUGUUAAUUAGGCUGCCUUUUAAUGGUCCGAGAAACAGAGGAAAACAUAAUCAAGCCUACUGUAAAACAAUUCAUACUAGGCUUGUUAUUAAAGCAUAAUAGCAACACAUUUUGUGGAUUAGUUGUGAUUUUUAUAAACCAUGCCUCUACAUUAAUUUGCCCUCUGGAUUUGGUUGCUUUCCUGUAUUCCAAUAAUUUUUUGUUAGCUAUUGAAGACUUACUAUGUCUAUGUUUAAUGUACCUGCUAGUGCUUAGUGAGCGAGCUAACAAUCCUUGUUGUUAGCUGCUUACUGUGUGGCAAGAGAUUGAGAUUAGGGUAAAUAGUGGCUAUUGUUUUCGAUGUUACAGUAGUUGCGUAUGUUGGCAAUAGGAUCAUGCACUUCUUCCAGUGUUACGCACACCUUUCCAAACCCUCCAUAUCUAUUUGACUAUACCAACAUAACUUAUUUGUUUUUUUGUUAUAGGUUGUCUAGUUAGUCUUCACUUGAAUGUCAUUGUAAUUUGUGUAGUUUCUAUUCUAUAUAAGCUGCGGUAUGGGACUUCAGUCGCCAAGGUUUCUUAUUCAGGUACUGAUGGGGAGUGUUUGGGAGCCAGGAUUUAAUGUACUGUCAACUUUCUGAGAAAUGUUUCUCAACAGCUCGAUUUGUGUUUGAUUUGAGUUCCAUAAUGGGUAUAAUAUGCAAGAAAAUGUAUGUGCUGUCCAAUUAUAAUGUUAAAUUGACAUGUAUAUCUUUUUCUAUCACGUUGAAUGUCUUACCCCAACUUCAACUGAAUGGUUACAGUGUUUUGUAGAGUUUAAAACAUUCUGUUCUGAAAUUGGGAUCUUAAAGGAUACAAAUAAAGAUCAACGUAUCGGAAUGGUA